AUGAGCGACACUAACUCUCGGAACGAGACGGCAGUCACAGUUAAAGGACCGGACACCGAUAUGGGGCUGGUGGCAAAUUCCAGGGAGCGAAAGUCCGAUUAUCUAUGUAAACCUGAGGACAACGUCUACAAUAUUGACUUCACACGUUUCAAGAUCAGAGAUCUGGAAACUGGGUCAGUGCUCUUCGAGAUUGCUAAACCUCACAGCUGUGACCCUGAAAAUGAGGAGAAUGGAGAUGGAGGCGCCAGUGCUGGGCGCUUUGUGCGCUAUCAGUUCACGCCAGCCUUUCUCAGACUGCGGAAUGUUGGUGCAACUGUGGAGUUCACUGUGGGGGACCGGCCUGUUAACAGCUUUCGCAUGAUAGAGAGGCAUUAUUUCCAGAAUAAAGUUCUCAAGAACUUUGACUUUGACUUCGGAUUCUGCAUCCCAAACAGCCGGAACACUUGCGAACACAUCUAUGAGUUUCCCCAGCUCCAUAAGGACCUCAUUGGCCUAAUGGUGGAGCACCCGUAUGAGACCAGGUCCGACAGCUUCUAUUUUGUGGACAACAAACUGAUCAUGCACAAUAAGGCAGACUACGCCUACGAUGGGGGCCAGUAG